AUGGAUGCUCUUCUGCAAGUACCCGUUGAUGGGUUCAGAUUCGAGACCGGUGCUUCUGGAUCUCGUUGCAAACCAAGAAACAAUCUCGACUCCGCCGCCACCAAUCGUUUCACCUGUCUCAACGAAUCUGAAUCUCAGAACACUUCUUCUCCGGCAGAUUCUACGGUAUGUUCAGAUGACCAUCCUGUUUUCAAGUACAUCAAUGACAUGUUGAUGGAAGAAGAUCUCGAAGAACAGUCUUCUAUGCUGGAAGACAGUUUGGCUCUACAAACCGCCGAGAGAUCUUUCUUCGAUGUCCUUCACGAUCAAACUCCAAUCUCCGGCGAGCAAGAAGACGACGGAAACUUCAGCUCCAUAACGAGCGUACACCAACCAUCCUCAGAUUUCACUGAGAUUGCGAAUUCCAACGAGGUCUCAACAAGAAGGUAUCGAAAUCGGUACGAUGAUGAAGAAGACGAUCUUGAAAGCGGGCGGAGAUCGAAGCUCCCUGCAAUCUCUACGGUUGAUGAGCUUGCGGAGAAGUUCGAGGAAGUGUUGUUAGUCUGUCAAACGAACAACCAACAAGAAGCAAUACCGAACAAAACCGGACGAGCAAAGAGCUCAUCGAACCGAACCAAGCAACAGAUCAUAACAGAACAGCCAGUGGACAUGAGGAAUCUCCUGAUGCAAUGCGCGCAAGCAGUAGCGAGCUUCGACCAGAGCAGAGCCGCAGAGAAGCUGAAGGAGAUAAGAGAACACUCUUCAAGCCACGGUGACGCAACGCAGAGACUCGGUUACCAUUUCGCUGAGGCGCUUGAAGCACGUAUCACCGGAAUCAUGACCACACCAAUCUCCGCCACUUCAAGCAGAACAUCAAUGGCUGACAUUUUGAAAGCGUACAAAGGCAACAACGCUCCACAUCAUUGA